AUGGGUUUGGUGAUGGUGAUUACUGUAAUUCUUUUGGGUGCCACGGAGAAGCACCAGUCCAUACGAUUUAUCAAGGCCGUGUGUGCUAGUGUAGCUAGCGAUGUUGCUGCUGCGAAAGCUGAGUGGUAUAGCGACAAGAUCCGCGAGGUUAUGAGGGGUGACAGCGAUGAGCAGCGAGACAAGACCAAUACGCCUCAUGGCGUUGCCUCGACAGCUCCCGUGACAAGGUCAUCACCAGCGACUGCUGCUGCUGCUGCUGCUGCUGCAUUAGCUGGUCUUGGAUACCAUGUCGUGGCCACCGACGCGGUCGAUGACACUUCCGACUCUGACCAUUUGGACGAUGACUGGACGGACAUUGAACAGACAGAGGACGAAUACAAAAUUGUCGAGCGAGAUGAGACUUCGACCGGAAAGGCGCCUGCACCACCACGAAACAAGAACUUGCUCAUCUCGGGAAGGAAUCCCACUGGAUAG